UUGAAGGUUAAGCUCCUCAAAGAUUCAACCAACAUGGAACCAUGUCUGGCGAAGUGGAAAUUAUUUGCUUUUAGCAUGUUGCUGUUCAUGCUGUGCCACGGCCACGCUGCUGCUCUCAGCCUGAAGGAGCAUCUGGCUGAUUGUCUGGAGGACAAAGACUACAAAGUGCUGCUGAACACUGUGAAGACCGGCCUCCCACACAUAAACACGUCUCAUCAUGUUGUUAUUGUUGGAGCCGGCAUGGCCGGACUGACGGCUGCAAAGCUACUGCAAGACGCAGGACACAAGGUCACCAUGUUAGAGUCUAGUGGGCGUGUGGGAGGACGUGUGGAGACCCACAGGAAUGAAAAAGAGGGCUGGUACGCUGAAAUGGGAGCAAUGAGGAUCCCAAAUUUUCACCACAUCGUCCGAUGGUUUGCAAAAGAACUGGGGGUCAAGCUAAACGAAUUCAUCAUGGAAGACCUCAACACUUUUUACCUGGUCCAUGGUCUGCGGAAACGGACCUACGCAGUGAAAGCAAACCCCGACAUCCUGAAGUAUAAUCUGAACAAAAGUGAGAGGGGGAAGUUGGCCGAAGAGCUGCUACAGCGAGCUUUACAAAAGGUGAAAGAUGAAGUGGAGGCACAUGGCUGCAGAGCUGCGCUUAGGAAAUACGACCACUACUCUGUGAAGGAAUAUCUGGAGGAAGAAGGUGGCCUGAGUAAAGAAGCAGUGAGGAUGAUCGGAGACUUGCUCAAUGAACAGAGCCUCAUGCACCUGGCUCUCACUGAGAUGAUCUACAUCAACAGCGACGUCAGCGACAAGACCAAGUACUAUGAAGUGACUGGUGGGUCAGAUCUUCUCCCCAAAGCUUUUCUCACCGUCCUCGAUGUCCCCGUUCACCUCAACUCCAAGGUCAAGCGUAUCAGCCAAUCAGCUAAUGGUGUUACUGUAUGGUAUCAGAGAGAUAAGCAGUCCUCAUUGAUGGACAUUCACGCUGACGUUGUCCUGGUAACAACCACAGCCAAAGCAGCCCUUUUCAUGGACUUUGAACCACCUCUCUCCAUCAGAAAAAUGGAGGCCAUGAGAGGGGUCCAUUACGAAAGCUCCACUAAAAUCAUCCUCACCUUCAACGAAACAUUCUGGGAGGACGAUGGCAUCCGAGGAGGAAAGAGCAUCACGGACGGACCCUCUCGUUACAUCUACUACCCCAGCCACAAUUUCCCAGAGAACAAGAAUAUCGGCGUCCUCCUGGCUUCCUACACUUGGUCCGACGACUCCCUCCUCUUCCAAGGAGCGAGUGAUGACGACCUGAAAGAGCUGGCUCUGAGAGAUUUGGUGAAGAUCCACGGCGAGCGUGUCAGGUCUCUCUGCACAGGGGUGGUGGUGAAGAAGUGGAGUUUGGAUCCUUACAGCCUGGGCGCCUUCGCUCUGUUCACACCGUACCAACAUUUAGAGAACUCUAAGGAGCUCUUUAGACGUGAAGGCAGGGUGCACUUUGCAGGCGAACACACAGCCUUCCCUCACGCUUGGAUCGAGACAUCUAUGAAAUCUGCAAUCAGAGCUGCUACAAACAUUAACAAAGAGGCGCUAUUGAGUUCAGAGUCACCCCAACAUGCAGUGCAAGAUGAGCUCUAGAGUCUGGGGUAUUAUGGUAUUAAUAAAAGAAUACCACGAGCUCUGGGCUGUUCGAUCCGCUUUGUAGGGAAAUCAGUAUUAUAGUAGCAAUGAAAUGGUCGCUUCAGAUACAAUCAGAAUUUGAUUAGUAGAAAAAUUGUUGAUACACUGCUUUAAGGGCUGCACCCAACAAUUAUUUUUUAGUAUUGAUUAUAUUAUAUAUGGCUGACCUUAUUAUCAUUAGCCUAUUAUUGUUCUAUCAAAUUAAUCACAGGAAAAGUGGAAAAUAUGGGACCCUUAAAUACAUCACCUGACCUUCAUGACUUAUUACACAAUUAUGCUUAUUUUCAGAUCGGUCUUUUAAUGCACUCAGGCAGGAUACGAAGAUUGGCAAAACACAUUGAGUUAUUCCAAAAAGCAUGAUUUUUACUUUACAUUUGACUUCAUGAUUGGUGAUUGUAUACAGCAAUAGGCAUUCAAUAACAACAGCACUGAUAAAUACAAAGAGAGAAAGAGCCAGUGACAAUAAGAAAGAAAGCCCAGCAUGUGUUACAGGGAACAAAUGAGCAGUUUGUGCUCUACAAUUACUCUUGUACUCUUUCAGGCCCAAAUGUGUAGUUGAUGCUCUGAAGGUCUUAAUUUACGCCCUCAGCUCAUUUGAACUUCGUGCUCUUGAUUUUUCCUCUCAUACCAGUUCAUUCAUGUGUAUACACACAUUUGUAAACUGAAAUUCUUAGUUUAUGCUUUUGAAUUACUGGGCACAAAUUAGUAGCAUAUAUACAGUAUACAGCGAGAUAUGUCGUGUUCUAAAUAAACCUCAUGGACAUACUCAAUAUUUUGCAUGUUAAGCGACAUUGUUUUAACUUUCACAUCCUGUAUGUAUAAUUAACAUGCUAAGAAAAUUAUUAUGUAACUUGAAUUACUUGAAAACAAAAAUUGCUAUCUGCACAAGUUAAUAACCUACAAACAUGCACAGAGCAGUUUUCCCGCUCUGUGCAGAAACAGCAGAGGCAACAGCAGACUGCUGGGCAGAGAGAACCAGUUUGCAGUCACCAGCAGAAGACACCCAUCACUGUAACUCAGCAGUUCUGAUCUGUCCAGAGCAAGACCUAAAAUCAACCCUGCAAGCCACAACCCCAGCACUGCCAUAAUGGCUGUGAUGGUGAAGAAAGCCCUCUGCUUUGAUUGGUCAACCCUCACCCUGUCCCCACCCCCAUCCCCUGGGCCUGGACGAAUCAGAACACGGAGAACACAAAGGCUGCAGAAACAGACGACAACUAAGGAGAAGCCCAACAUGCAGAAAAAUGGGAUGUAGGGAAGCUCAGGGAGGUAGAGAGCUGUUAGACCAACCCAUCCGAAGCCCAGCAGCCAGGCACAGCCAAUGCUGAUGUUUCUGAGCCUGACCCCGCUCGACUGUCUCAGCUCCAGGUAGGUGAUGGGGUGGACGACAGCCAGGUAUCGCUCCACACAGGUCAGGAUCUGAAAGCAUAUCUGUCCGGGGUAACCAACGGCAGCUGCAUAAACGCCCACCAUAAUCAGCUCGGAGAGACCAACAGCUAUGCCACAAAAGUAAAAGUUGGUCCCCAACGUAAAGACCAGCUCCACAACGACCAUGUGGUAGGUGAAGAUGUCAGAGUGGCUCGUUGUUGCAAAGGAGUGCUGCUGCCGCCAUCGCCGGUGACCCAGGUAGAGGACGAGGGUGGAGAGAGGGAGGAGGAGGAAGAUUCUGGUGAUGUUGAAGGCAAUGAACAUUAAAUUUGCAGUUUCAGAGUCUAUGCAGUGGACCACAGCACUGACGGAGGAAGAGGAGUUGACUGACAUAUUGGCUUGAGCAGUUGGGAGAAAAGAAUGAACAAAAAUAAAUGAAAUGGUACAACAACGUUUCAGUACUGAAAAAUGUUCACCUGAUUUCCAGCUACAACACAAGCCUUUUUUUAUUUGUCUUUAGCCGUUUCACAGUGUUUGUCUACAACAGCAGCAGUUACAUCUGCCUCAGCAUUGUGAUGUAAUUAUUCUUCAUGUUUCAGUUCGUCAAUGUGUAUUUUUGCAAUGUCUUAUCAAUCACAAUUCAAAUGAGCAUAAUAUUGCUGUUUAUUUAUUGUAUAUAAAUUAACUGGAAUUAAUUUAGUCUCUUCCCUUUUCCGUGUAAAUGCGAAGAGUUUUUUAUUUUAUUUCAUCAUUGCUUAAUUUUCAUCUCUUCCCAUUUUCAUGCAAAGUCAGACAUUGUAAGUCAUUCUUUUCUGUCGGAUAUCAGCCUCUGUAAAAUGUUCAUAAUGUCGUUGAAAAGCAUUUAAAUACAUUUUUAAAGAAAA